AUGGAAGACGACGACGAAGGCGGCGACGGCACCGGCGCCGGAGGCUACGCGGCUGCCCUAGACGCCGCGCGCGCGGCACGCCGCGGCGGCGGCGGCGGCGCCAGCCGCGCAGACGCAUCUAUUGGUGGUGGUGGUGGUGGUUAUGGUGGUAGUGGUGGAGGUGAGGCGGCUCAGCUAGACUUCCCCGACGAGGUGGACGUUCCGCUGGACGUCCCCGCGCGUGUUCGCUUCCAGAAGUACCGCGGGCUGAAGAGCUUGCGGAGCAGCCCCUGGGACCCCAAGGAGUCGCUGCCGCCGGAGUACGGCAGGGUGUUUGCGUUUGAGAAUUUCAAGCGGGCGCAUAAGCGGGCGAGGGAGGCGCAACAGCGUACGACAGGGGACCUGGACCCGUGUGGCGUGUCGGCAGGUAGCUAUGCGGCCAUCCGCAUUGGUGGAGUGCCCCCCGCCGCCGCCGCAAGGGUGACGGCCCACCACGAGGCCAAGCUCAGCGUUGUCAACUUUGCGCUGCGCAAGGCCUCCGGCUACACCGCCCCCAUCGCCAACAAGGAGGAGCUGCUGUUCGUGACGGGCCUCAGGUCCUUCACCGCCCGGCCCGUGCUGUCCUCGGACGACCCGGGGGCGGAUAAGCACCGUACGGAGAAGUUCCUGCAUGCGGGUCAUCAUGUGGUGGCGUCCGUGUACGCCCCGAUCAUGUAUCCCCCUCUGCCGCUGCUGGCGUUCAAGCUGCCUCCGGCCCCCACCGGCUCGGGAUUGAUGACUCCCGCCCAAUUGGCCGCCGUGGGCAAUCUCCGCAACUGCGACCCGGACCGCAUCAACCUCAAGCGCAUAAUCCUGACAGGCGCGUGUGUGCCAGUUCGCGUGCACCGCCGGCGAGCCACGGUUCGAUUCCUGUUCCACAAUCCUGACGACGUGCGCUGGUUCAAACCCGUCGAGCUAUUCACCAAGUACGGCAGGCGGGGUCGUAUAACGGAGCCUUUGGGCACACACGGGACGAUGAAAUGCCUGUUUGACUCGCCCCUGCAGCAACGUGACACGGUGUGUAUGGCGCUGUACAAGAGAGCUUUCCCGGUUUGGCCGCGGGAUAUGGGGUUCGCUGAGAGGUAG